CACCUCUCUACACCCACACAUCUAUAUAGAUCAUGACCCACGACGUCGACACCACCUCUCCCUUCCUCCGCAUCCCAUGGACAGCCCGUCUCCUCUCCCAACCAAACAUUCUCACCGCAAUCCCCCAAUCUCGAACACCCAAAGCGUCCACCGAAGACAGCCUCUUCGCCGAAAUCCUCAAAACCUCUCGAACUCUCCGUAGCUGCAUUCUUUUCUAUCGCAAUUCUGACCACGUGGGAGUGGAAGAAGUUACGGCAUUGUAUUUUGUUGGAAAUGGCAUGAAUGGCCAUUCGGGAAUUAUCCAUGGAGGUAUCACGGCGACGUUGAUUGAUGAGAGUAUGGGAAUGUUGCAGACUGUGAAUUUGGAACGGGAGCGGGAGGGUGGAAAUUUUGGGGAAGAAGAAGGAGGGCUGGGGAGUUUUACGGCGUAUUUGAAUGUGCAGUAUAAGAGACCUGUGAGCACGCCUGGUGCUAUUGCGGUUGUGGUGAAGAGGGUUAGGAAGGAGGGGAGGAAGGAGUGGUUGAGCGCGGAGUUGAAGCAGUGGAGUGGUAGUGAUCGUUCUCGUGGGGAUGGAGAUGAAGAGGGGGAGCUUGUGGUUUGUGCUACCGGGGAGGCGUUGUUCGUGACUCCGAGGGCUGUGGGCAGUAAGCUGUGAGAGAUGGACUAUUGUAAGAGAUGGGCAUUCUAUCAGAGCCAGGACGAUGGAGACAUCAGAUCAUGGUUGCAGGAGAGCAGAGAGCCGCAGGACGAUCAUGGUCAUAUGUGCAGCUGAGAGAUGAGGACAUGAAAAUGUUCAAGACAACACUACGAACAUUGCAAUUGAGGACACGUCCUAGCCACAAGCCGAAUGUGGUCACGAAGCUCGCGGCAGCAUUGAAGGUACAUUCCGACACCUACAUCCUCGGAGGCGGCCUUGAUCUUUAUACCGAUCCUGGCAUUUUGUCGCCUGCUCAGGCAAUACGGUCGACCUGAGCUGGGAGGACUCCUUUUCCGACCAAUUGACGAGCCGGGAAGCCUCCAAAUACCAGCGAGUCAAGAUCCGAUCGAACAUUGCAAAGAGGACAUUGGGCCAGAAAAAGUGAAAUGCACAAAGCGUCAGUUGCGCUGUCCUCGUAGCGAUUUAAAUGCUGGAGGACUGAUUAUUCGCAGCUCCUUAUGGAGAAGUUGCGCUGGACCGAGCAAACGAGUCCAUGUGUGCUCCCUGAAGCAGUGGUAGGUACUUCUCAGGGUGAAUACACUGUCCUUCCUUGUCCUUUAUGGGAGCAGUACACAUGCUACCACUCGGAUACCUGUAUGCGGAGAAGCUACAAUGGGUAAGGUACGGAGGAGGUAGUGUUACUUUUGUACCUAGGUAAACAACAAUGUGCCGUUCAAUGUCGCCAUCGCCAAUACCACAAUAGGUACGCGGCAGCAGAAUGACCUGUUAUUCGCAAG